AUGGACAUGGUUCACAUGGACUUGAGGGUUGUUCCGGACGAUGAGGUGUUCUUCGCCCAUCAAGUGCUUCAGGUACGCCACCCACCUCUGCUGCGCUCGCUGCCCAUCGCCGUGCAGUACCUGCAGAUGGGCUUUCUCGAGAAGCUGGGGACGUUUUUCAUUGGCAUGGACAUGGUUCACAUGGACUUGAGGGUUGUUCCAGACGAUGAGGUUGCACCUGCUGCGCUUGCUGCCCAAGGGGGUGCGUACCUACAGAUGGACUUUCUCGAGAAGCUGGGGACGUUUUUCAUCAGCAUGGAUAUGGUGCAUAUGGACUUGAGGGUUGUUCCGGACGAUGAGGUGUUCUUCGCCCACCAGGUCCUGCAGGCAUCCUCCUGUGCUGCUGGUUGUCUGCUCUCUGCUCAGGUGCGCCUGCUGACUGGCACCCGCAACGACACCCGUGCACCUGAGCAGCAUGGGGAGGUGGUGUGUGUGUCGUGUGCCCGCAUUUCUGUAUUUGUCGGUUCGGUUCCCAACUGUGUCAGUGUCUUCCCACUGGAGCAGCAGGAGCAGGUGGAGGAGCUGUCUGUGCGUGUGUGCUGCUGUGGUCUAACGCCUCUUUGUUUCGAAACGUCUCAUAACGCCUCUUUCCAUUCCUGUGCUGUGUUGCUUGCCUACCAUGCUCUCUACUGUCUCUUCCCAGGUGCUCCUGCUGAUUGGGUGGUGGUGCUGGCGCAGAGAUACAACACGCGGGCGCUGGAGCAGCAUGGGGAGGUGGAGGAGCCUCGGUGUGUGUGUGUUUUGUGCCCCUAUAUCCCUUCUCAUUCCUUAAUAUUCUCGGUGCUGCGCUGCGUGUUCCCAGGUGCACCGGCGGACUGGGUGGUGGUGCUGGCACGGCGAUACAACACGCGGGCGCUGGAGCAGCAUGGGGAGGUGGAGGAGCUGCUGAGCUCUCUGUUCCCUCGAGAGCGUGUGGUGGUGUUUGAUGGCAGCCUGCGCAUUUCUGAUGCCAAGGCGCUGUUUAAUCGAGCUGUUCUCUUCGUGGCGGCGCAUGGGGCAGCGAUCACCAACGCCAUCUUCAUGCCGUUCAAGUCGGUGCUGCUUGAGCUGCGCCCCAGGGACUUCCACAAGGCGUGCUACCACCACCUGGCGGAGGUCUGUGACCUGCAGUACUUCCUGCUCUUGUGCGAGGGGGCUAAAGACACGCCUCUGUCGUGUGAUAUGGGUGAGGUGAGGAGCUUGUUGGAGGAGGUGCGAGGGCGCGUGGAUAAGGUGCUGGAAGAAGGGCCGGAAGUGCAGCUGGAGGAGGAGGAUGAAGGGCAGCGUUGA